AUGAACAAGUCAUUGUUCAUGCGUAUUGUUGACCGCCUCUCCAAUGAAGUUCAAUACUUUCGUCAAACACAAGACGUUACCGGAAGAAGUGGUCUCUCUACACUUCAGAAGUGUACAGCCGCAAUUCGUGUCUUGGCAUAUGGUUCUGCCUUUGAUGCGGUCGACGAAUACAUCCGGCUUGCUGCAAGCACGGCUCGGUUAUGUGUGGAAAAUUUUGUGGAAGCAAUAAUAGAUUUGUACGGCGAUCAGUACCUAAGGAGACCAACGCAAGAUGAUCUUCAGCGUCUACUUCAUCUCGGAGAGAUUCGUGGAUUUCCCGGUAUGAUAGGAAGCAUCGAUUGUAUGCAUUGGGAGUGGAAGAAUUGUCCCACCACUUGGAAAGGACAAUUUUCUCGUGGUUCGGGAAAACCCACAAUCGUUUUAGAGGCGGUUGCUGAUUAUGAUCUCUGGAUAUGGCAUGCGUUCUUUGGACUUCCAGGUACUUUAAAUGAUAUUAAUAUUCUUGAUCGCUCACCUGUUUUCGAUGACAUCAUACAUGGCCAAGCUCCACAAGUGAAUUUCUCGGUGAACGGAAAUCCUUAUUCAAUGGCUUACUAUCUCACCGAUGGUAUUUAUCCUAAAUGGGCAACUUUUAUCCAAUCUAUACCACUUCCACAAGGGCGGAAAGCAGUUUUAUUUGCUAAAACUCAAGAAGCUGUCCGAAAAGAUGUCGAGCGUGCUUUCGGAGUCUUGCAAGCACGAUUUGCCAUUGUCAAAAAUCCAGCACGUUGUUGGGACAUACUCAAGAUUGGGAAGAUUAUGAGAGCAUGUAUCAUACUCCAUAAUAUGAUAGUGGAAAACGAACGAGUUGAUGGCACUCAAUUCGACACUUCGGGUUUCCAACCGGGAGAAGACGGCGAAAGUUCAAGUGCCGAUGACACCUUUUUCAUAGAUACCCCUCCAAGUAUCUCCGAUCAAGAUAGUGUUAUAAUAAGUAUGCGUGAUAAACCAAUGCAUCAACGACUAAAACGUGAUUUGGUUGAACAUAUAUGGCGUAAAUUUGGACGUGAUCAACGCAACAACUAA